CUUUUUUUUUUUUGGUACAAAUGUUACUUUUGUGUAUGCUUUACGAUAUAAGUUAAUGACUUUAAGACUUUCUCUAUAAAUAAAAAAAAAUUUGGAGACAAAGUGUGAACCUUUGAAUACUAAUAAUAAUCUAGUAGUGUGAAUACAUGUGUUUUGAACUUUGUUCACGAACUAUUGUCUGAAAAAAUAAAGUAUUGGCAUGUGUCACGAGCAGAUGACACACGGUCUCGCCACCGUGAAAGAGUCGGCAAGAUGGGCAUUGACUUCGGAGCACAUUUGAGCUAUAAAGGCCCAUGAAAAUCGGCCCACCGACUUACCUAAUUAGAUGGACCUACCAGAUUCUUCAAUGCAUCAAAGCCGUCCAUCUUAAGAAAAUACACUCUAACCACUCCAGAUCUCAUAACUAAACCAAACACAGCAAUGGAACAAAAAGUUUGGUCAGAAUUAAUAAUGUCUGCUUCUACUUACCAAGUUACCAACUUUUUUCAUUCAUAUAUACAAACAAAAUCUAUAGUUAUUUUAGCUAUUAAUAAAUUCGAACCAAUUGAUGGUGACUAGUAAACAAAUUUGAUUUUAAAGUUUUUUUAUGUGUCGUUACUAUUGUAUCACUGGUAAACACAAAUAAAUAAUCCUUGACCAAAAAGACAAAAGAUUAAGACGGAAAAAUCGAUAAAAAGUAAAAUGUGGGGCCAUCCUACAUUGAUUUCUCCAAAACAUUUCUUUCUUUAGUCCUUUUUUGAAAAUUAAAAAAAAUCUUUUUUUUUCCUUGCUUCUUUUUAAAUGAAAAUGUUUAAAAGAAAGGAAGAGAAGGGUCUUGGAAACUUCAUGGAAAAUCAACACCAGCUUUGCAUUAACUACACAAAGCACCUAUAAGUACAAUCACGAGCCGAGAAAACAAAAGUAACAAGAAACAUUAAAAUACAUACAGAGCUCACGAGAUUCAAGCAAUGGCAAACAUCUUCCUCAUCGCCAGUGGAUCAAGAUCAAGAACAAGAAGAGAAAUUAAAUCAAAGAACCCGGAAGGAAAGAGAUCAAACUCCAAUCCCAAUUCAAACUCAGACAAUAACUUCUCAUGCAAGAAGCACACGAAACACAGACAGUCUCCUGGAGUAUGUUCCCUAUGUCUCACCGAGAGGCUCUCUAAGGUAGAGUAUUACGACUACACCAAGAACGCAGCUCAAACGGCGUCGUCUCACUGCUCAUCAACAGCAUCAUCUUCCACAUCGGUCUCAUCUUGUUACUCAUCUUCUUCGGUCUCUUCUUGUUCGUCUCCAUUGCAAUAUCGGUACAAAGAGAAGAAGAAGGAUGGGAAGAAACACAGCUUGUUCAGAUUACUGCUUGGAUCCAUAGUAGAUUAGAUUUUUUAAUUUAUUUUCAAAGUUUUUUAUUCAUACUACGAGUAUAUUCCUUUUGUGUAUUCAUUCUUGGUCAGAGAAUCAGUGAAGUUGCAUAAGAUUAUAACCAAAAAAUUGGAUUUUAAUAUUUUAAAUCUUGAUGUCCAUGACCCAAUAAAGGAAGUUCAAAAUUACACAUCUUUUUCUAAUGCUAAUUUAUUAUGAAGUUAUAGUUGUUAAAAAAUUUACAUAAACAAUUUUACAACCAAUAAU